AUGGGACCCAAAGUAUCACCCUCCCCAUCCCCGUCAUCUUCGCCUAAGAAGACCGAGGCAGAUGAUACCACACCUGUAAAGUCGAAAUCUACUCCCGGGGUCAAAGGGAAAGGAUCAAGUAAAGUCAAAGCUGCAGCAGCAAUGUUCGAAACCAAAUCAGUAUCACCUACUUUCAGAUCUAUACCAGUGAACACCAGUAUCAGUCCAGUCAAGAAAUUGACUCCAUCUCCAAAAAGAUCGCCGUCCACCUCACCCUCACCUUCACCAUCACCAAUUAGCAAAAACUUGUUGAAAUCACCUGAAUCGAAGUUGAAUUCACCAUUCGUCAAUCGAUCUGCAUCUCCUUCUUCUUUAUCGGUUAAUACACCUUCACCAUCUUCAGCAAACAUAGAGAAAUUCCAAGAAGUCUCUCUGUCGAAUGAUACCCCUCAAGCUGAAUCCCAAUCAGACGAAAUAGCUACAACGCCCACAUCAUUGACUCGACAAAGAUCCAAUCCACCUGUACCAGUGAACAUAGCUGAUACUCUACCUGAACCUGUUACGACUCCUCCAGCUGAGGAACCGCCUUCGACCCAUAACAACAACAAUAAAACAUCUUUCUUUGGUUCCUCACUAAACUUCGGAUUUCCAUCUUCCUCUACUUCAUCGACCGAACCCGAAGCUGGUCCUUCAUCCUCUCAACAACCUUCUCGAUCUGGCUCCACGAGCUCUCAGGAAGGUACUUUCGGAGGGUGGAAAUCAACCAUGACAAGCUUCCUAACUUCCACUCGAUCCAAUUCCUCCAACAACCCCACCCAUGAUCAUGCCCAUACAGUCGAGGAAGAUCCAAAGACACCAGUCCGACCAACGAUAUUAGAGCGUAAUCGUUCUGAGGGGAAUUCUUCUGCAUUCCUCUUACAUCGCGUGGACUCGUCGACGGCCUCGAGGGACAGAAGAAUAUCAGCUCAGCUGGGAGGAGGUCAAGCGAUCAGGGAAGGGUUUGAGAGGGUGAAGAACGAGAUGGAAUCUGCUGCUAGGGAGAUGAGAAGGGAAAGAGAAAGCAAAGCUUUGACGGAGAGUGAACAUGAAGAUGGGACUGAGGAAGAAGAAGAAGAAGAGAUGGUAGAUUGGAAUUUCUGGGGAUCGGUUGUUCAGGAUUUCGAGAAUGUAGCGAGGGAGAGACCGAAAGACUUGAGUAAAGCUAUACAAAUGGGAAUACCACCUGUCAUAAGAGGCGCAAUCUGGCAAUUAAUGUCAUCCUCCAAAUCUACCCCACUGGAAGAAACCUAUAAAGCCUUAUUGAAGAUACCUUCAACUCACGAGAAAGCAAUCAAGAAAGAUCUCAAUAGGACUUUUCCGAAUCAUAAAUAUUUUCAGGAUAAUGCAGGUAUAGGUCAAGAAGGGUUGUUCAUGGUUGUCAAAGCUUAUAGUCUGUACGACCCGGAAGUGGGUUACACACAGGGUCUAGCUUUCAUAGUAGCAGCUUUACUGUUGAACAUGCCAGACGAAGAAGCGUUCUGUGUCCUCGUCCGUCUGAUGGACUCUUACAACCUUCGCUCGCACUAUACAGCCGAAAUGCGAGGGUUGCAACUCCGUCUAUUUCAAUUUGAUCGAUUGGUAGAAGAGAUCUUACCGCUGUUGCAUACACAUUUCGUCAGACAAGGUGUGAAAAGCAGUAUCUAUGCUGCUCAAUGGUUUAUGACGCUAUUCAGUUAUCGAUUCCCUUUAUCAUUGGUCUAUCGCGUAUUGGAUAUAGUAUUCGCAGAAGGUAUAGAAGCGAUAUUCCGAUUCUCACUUGCACUCUUGAAGAAGUCGGAAGAUAAAUUGUUGGAAUUAGAAUUUGAACAAAUAUUGAAUUUCCUCCAAUCGGAUUUAUUUGAAGUUUACAGAGUUCACGGUAAUUCCAGUCCAAUUGCUUCUGCAUCGCGUAGUGAGGAGGAAGAAGAAUGGAAAGCGAAUGAAUUUGUCAGAGACGCUUACGAGAUACGCAUAACACCUUUCAUGCUCGAUUCGUACGCAUCGGAAUGGGAUGAACAGCAGAAGAAUCAGAAUAGACAUGCACUGGAGAUCGAUACGUUGAGAAACGCGAAUAGGAAUUUGAGUGCUCAAGUGAAACAACUUGAGAGUAGUUUAGCUACCAUGAACCAAGAACAUGUCGAAUUGGUAAGACAACUCGUGAUGAGUAAGAUCGAGAAGGAAGAGACUGAGAACGAGCUCGUACGAUAUAAGAUGUUGUAUGCCGAACUUGCACAUGCUCAACAGGAUGCACUGUCGACGCAUAGGAGAUUGUCAGGAGGGUCUAUACAGAGCCAAAAUAUGGGUUCUAGACCGUCUAGCUAG